AUGACCUACGUCUCAAAUGAUCCCAGUUACUGGCCGGAUAUCAAUUUAGAUAUUUUUGUCAGCUAUUGGACAGUUGCCGCGGGCGUCGUGGUGGUAUACAAUUGGGUCUUAACACUCGGACAAGAGAUUGAACUCAUCUGGUAUGUCUCAUACGCUGUAUUCCAUUUUUCUGACCGGCGGGACACAGAAAUUAUGCCAUCAGUAUUGCUGACAGAUGCAGGGUGUGUGGCCUUGACUGCCAUGUUGGGCGUGAUCAUGAUUGCUCGGUUGCAUGCCAUGUAUCAGGGAUCUAGAAAGAUGCUCAUAUUCCUUGUUAUUAUCUUCCUGGCUGUAAACAUCGCCUGCGGGGUGAUCGCGGUAAUAGUACUGAAGGAUACUGUAGGGGUUUGGAUUGCUGUGAAACACUUCCGUGAGCUGCGACGACUCGGCCCAUCGACAGGAUCGACCAUCGGGGACUGUUUCACAGUGCUCAUACAAUCCCACGCUUUUUAUUUUGCAAGCUUUGUUGGUGUCUCUUGCCUCCAGCUUGCUAAUAUCUCUCCAGAAAUCUGGAAUUUAAGUUCUAUUGGAGUUUCGAUACUCGGCGGUGCUGUUCAAAUUUUAUUGGUCGUGCAGCUGUUUGUGCUGGGACCACGGCUCAUCCUUAGCGUUCGUGAAUACCACGCCAAACUCGUGGCAUACUCGGACGCGGAAACUAGUAUGAAUUUGAUUGUUUUCCAGGAGCAUGUACAUGUAUCGACUAGCAGUACUGUGUAG